CUCAGGGGAGAGAGAAGUUUCGAUAUCCAAAGGCACAAAGAAUAUUCGUGCUUUGUGGAUGAAAAAGUUUAUAUAUGUACAUCCACCUUUCUUCUUUUGCAUCUACCUUUGCACCCCUUCGUGAACAUCGAUGAGUGUCAAUCGAAUAUGCCGCGCCAACGAAAUACGCCACAGGAUGACGCGUGCAUGACCGAAGCCGAUGAAAUCACAAUCUUGGUGGCAACAGAUAAUCAUGUCGGAUACAAUGAACGCGAUCAAGUCCGAAAGGAUGAUUCUUGGAGGACCUUCCACGAGAUUAUGGAGCUUGCGAGGUCUCGUGAUGUUGAUAUGGUUCUGCUGGCUGGCGACCUGUUCCACGAUAACAAGCCAUCCCGCAAGAGCAUGUUCCAAGUCAUGCGGAGCUUAAGACUGAACUGUUUAGGCGAUCGUCCUUGUCAACUGGAGAUGCUGAGUGAUGCUAGCGAAAACUUUGGAGGGCUUUUCGAUCAUGUCAACUACGAAGACGAAAAUAUUAAUGUGGCCAUUCCUGUCUUCUCGAUUCACGGUAAUCAUGAUGACCCUACUGAGGAGGGAAACUUUGCGGCUCUAGAUCUGCUCCAAAUGUCUGGUCUCGUGAACUACUUUGGCAAGACUCCACAAGCAGAUAAUAUCACACUCAAGCCCAUACUUCUUCAAAAGGGACGCACCAAACUUGCUCUAUAUGGUAUGAGCAAUGUUCGCGAUGAGCGUUUGUUCCGAACAUUUCGUGACGGCAAAGUGAAAUUCUAUCAGCCUAGCACGCAGAAGAAUGAUUGGUUCAACCUCAUGGCUGUACAUCAAAAUCAUCAUGCGCAUACUACGACCGGGUAUCUCCCAGAAAACUUUCUGCCCGACUUCCUUGAUCUUGUCGUUUGGGGCCACGAGCACGAGUGCAUAAUUGAACCUCGUUACAAUCCAGAAAUGAAUUUUCAUGUCAUUCAACCUGGUUCUUCCGUGGCUACUUCUUUGAUGCCUGGUGAAGCAGUACCCAAAAAAGUUGCUCUUCUUAAGAUUACUGGUAAAGAGUUCAAGGUUGAGCCGAUACGGCUGAAAACAGUGAGACCAUUUGUAAUGCGCGAGAUUGUGCUGGCGGAAGAACGUGCUUUGAAAAACGUAUGGAAAAAGGACAAUAAUCGUGCCGAGGUCACAAGACAUUUGCAGCGUAUCGUCGAAGAGAUGAUUGAACAAGCAAAGCAAGAGUAUAUAGAAGCUCAAGAAGGGGAUAUUGAAGACAUCGAGGUACCAUUACCAUUGAUUCGUUUACGGGUUGAAUACACUGCGCCGGACGGUGGACGCUUCGACUGCGAAAAUCCACAGCGGUUUUCGAAUCGCUUUAUAGAUCAUGUCGCUAAUUCGUCAGACGUUGUCCAGUUUUAUCGCAAGAAAACCGCCACACGACGAAAAGACAAGAACGAACCUGAUAUGCCGGACGAAGAACGUCUUUCAGAGCUCACAUUAGAUUCGGUCAAAGUUGAGAAGCUUAUCAAAGAGUAUCUGGCGGCUCAGAAUCUUCAAAUCCUCCCUCAGAAUCGCUUCGGAGAUGUUGUCAGUCAAUUUGUGGACAAAGGCGACAAGCAUGUCAUGCAUGACUUUGUUGCGGAAGCUCUCGAAGAGCACACUAAACAUUUAUUUGAAUACCAGGGUGACGAUGAUGAUGAUGUGACAGAAGCCAUGGGGAAUUUUCGGGCAAAAUUGGACGACUUGUUCGCGAGAGGCCAAUAUCGAGCUAAAAAGCGUACAACAAGGCUGAAUCCGAAGCCUGUAGACUGGGAUUCAGACCUUAACGGGUCAUGGGAGGAUCAACCAGCAGCAAUCCAUCAUUCGGAGAGUGAAGAUAACAAUGACAAUGAUGAAGAUGCCCUUUCUGUGAUGUCUGCAACUAAAAAUUCCAAUCGUGGAAGGGGCACAGCUCGAGGUCAAGGACGAGGCUCUCGAGAUACUGCUAUGGCAUCAACGAGAAAGACUGCUUCAGCAUCGAAAAAAUCAACUGCCAGUACCCGAGGUAAUCGAGCAAAAAAACCAAUUGUUGAAGAGGAAGAUGACGACGAAGAGUCCGAUGUACAGAUGGUUCUCGCUAUAUCAGAGGAAGAUGAAGACAUGUUUGUUCGACAAUCUCCAGUCAUUAAGAAGACUGGAUCGGCUUCCGUUACAAGAAAUACUGGGAGGGCGGCGCCUGCAAAGAAAACAUCGGCAAAGACGAAGCAAAGCACGUUGAAUUUUUCACAGUCUACUUCACGGACUACAAAAGGCAGGAGCGUUGCGCGAUCCAAACCGGUUGAGAUUAGUGAUGAUGAGAUCUCGGAUGAUGAUGACGCCUUCGAGCCGACACAGGAGAUGCGAAAAAGGCGACGAUGAUCAAUGAGGGAAAUUUUUCGCUACCGUACUGUUCAAAACAUACUCCAAUGGUUCAAGGAGGAUUAAUGUCGUGAUGGAAGGGCAUAGCGAUCUGGUGUUUUUUCCUUUAAAAAAGAGCCAUAUAAUUGAACCUCAGUGGCUUGAUAGAUUCACGUGACUGGCUUGGCUGAUAUACUUACAUGGCUAUACACCCGACAAAAAUAAUAAGAGCAUAUCAUAGGUGAGAGAAACCAAAACAUGUAAGCCCUGUAUUGAAUUUGAAGAAACUUUGGUCUCUAAAGCAACAAAGAGCUAAACGAUUUCUUCUCCUCAGGGGACGAGGCUUCAGCCUGACCAAUCUUCCCCGGUUGGCUCUUUCCUGCGCCCUAGGUAUUUGGAAUAUAUAAUGCCGGAUACGCCUGCCU